AUGGAUGAUAUCGAAAUGUUUGGCUCUAAUGGAGCUCCUCCAGCUCCCCCGGCUCCUCCCUCAGACCCUAUUGAACGCCCUCCAACUCCUCCUCCUCCACCCCCCGAGGAUUUAGGUGCUCCGCCUCCGCCGCCAGAUGCUACGGUCCCUCCACCUCCACCAGAAGACCAACCACCUGCGCCGCCCGUGGAAACAAAAAAGAAGAAGCAAGGAUGGGGUGCAAAGCGUCCAGCGGCAGCUCCACUAAGUGUAGAGGAUUUGAUUCGGAAGAAGAAGGAAGCUGAUGCAGCAGCCGCAAAGCCGAAGUUCCUGUCAAAAGCGCAACGAGAAAAACUGGCGUUGGAGAAGCGUGCGAAGGAAGUUGAAGCUGAACGACAAGCUAAGGCACAGGCAAAUGGCGCAGAUCGCAAGAAUCUUCCUACUCCAUCAACAUCAAUUCCUACCGAACCAAACUAUGAUAAUAGAGACUCGAAUGGCCGGGUCCCAACUGGACCGCGCGCAAUGCGGGGAGAUACCCCCACAGGGCCAGCAUCAAUGAGGUCUCGAAACCAAGACAGAAACCAAGACAGAAACCAAGACACGGCUCCACCUCCACCUCCAUCAAAGGGAGGCAAAAACGCCAAAGCAGAGAAGCGACUUUCAGAGCAAGAUGAAGCCGAAACUCAAGCAGCAUUGAUCAAGCAACGAUAUAUGGGAACAGAACAGACGUCCAGCUUCUCCGCCAAGAAGAAGCGCAAGCGUACUACAGACCGCAAGUUUAAUUUCGAAUGGAACACUGAAGAAGACACCAGCGGUGAUUAUAAUCCGCUAUAUCAACAUCGCCACGAAGCAAACUUCUUCGGAAGGGGUCGUUUGGCUGGAUUCGGAGAAGACGUUGCGGAUGAUGUGGCGCGCAAGUACGCCAUGGCCCUGGAAACCCAGGAUCAAGAAUCGGGUAGUCUACGUGCAAAGGAAAUUAUGGAGAUGGAACGCCGUCGCCGUGAGGAGAGCUCUCGGAAUCAGCUGGAUAAACACUGGAGCGAGAAGCGACUCGAACAUAUGCGUGAGCGUGACUGGCGUAUUUUCAAGGAGGAUUUCAAUAUCGCUACUAAGGGUGGCAGUGUACCCAACCCCAUGCGUUCUUGGGAGGAGAGCCAGCUUCCCAAGCGAUUGCUGGAGCUUAUUGAUCGUGUCGGUUAUAAAGAUCCUACAGCUAUUCAACGCGCUGCUAUUCCCAUUGCUUUGCAGUCGCGUGAUCUUAUCGGUGUUGCCGUGACAGGUUCCGGUAAGACUGCUGCAUUUUUACUGCCCCUUCUGGUCUACAUUUCAGAGCUACCUCGACUGGAUGAAUUUGAAUGGCGCAAGAACGACGGUCCUUAUGCCAUUGUUCUAGCACCCACUCGUGAGUUGGCGCAACAAAUUGAGAUCGAAGCCAAGAAGUUUACCCAGCCUCUCGGCUUCAACGUUGUCAGUAUUGUCGGUGGUCACUCUCUCGAGGAGCAGGCAUAUAGUUUGCGCGAUGGUGCGGAGAUUAUCAUUGCCACUCCUGGUCGUCUAGUCGACUGUAUCGAGCGACGAAUGUUGGUUCUCAGUCAGUGUUGCUACGUGAUUAUGGAUGAAGCCGAUCGCAUGAUCGAUCUUGGUUUCGAAGAACCUGUCAAUAAAAUUCUUGACGCUCUUCCCGUUACAAAUGAAAAGCCCGACACUGAAGAGGCCGAGAACCCACGAGCUAUGAGCCAACACCUUGGAGGCCGUGACCGAUACCGCCAGACAAUGAUGUACACAGCCACCAUGCCUGCAGCUGUUGAGCGCAUUGCCCGGAAGUACCUGCGACGACCAGCCAUCAUCACUAUUGGUGCUAUUGGUGAGGCUGUUGACACAGUUGAGCAGCGCGUGGAGAUGGUUCCUGGCGAAGACAAGCGGAAGAAGCGUCUGGGAGAAAUUCUUUCCUCCGGCGAUUUCCGUCCUCCGAUCAUUGUGUUCGUCAACAUCAAGCGAAACUGUGAUGCCAUUGCUCGAGAAAUCAAACAGAUGGGCUUCUCAUCGGUUACUUUACACGGUUCUAAAACGCAGGAUCAACGUGAAGCCGCUCUCGCGUCCGUUCGCAAUGGUUCUACCGAUGUUCUGGUUGCGACAGAUCUGGCUGGACGUGGUAUUGAUGUUCCCGACGUCUCACUCGUUAUCAACUUCAACAUGGCCACUUCUAUUGAAAGUUAUACCCAUCGUAUUGGUCGUACUGGUCGUGCGGGCAAGAGUGGUGUGGCUAUCACUUUCCUUGGCAGCGAGGAUGCCGAUGUUAUGUAUGAUCUCAAACAGAUGCUCAUCAAGUCGCCAAUCUCGCGUGUGCCUGAGGAACUCCGCAAGCAUGAGGCUGCGCAGUCAAAGCCCAAUCGUGGCCCUGGAAAGAAGAUCGAAGAUAGCUCAGGAUUUGGUGGGAAGGGAGGCUGGGCCUAG